UAGGAGGGGAGACGGUGGUCUGCGGAGGCGCAGACGGUAUUGCGACAGAGGGCCGAGUACACUCUGUCGGGUCUUGCGAUACCUCAACUCCAAUAGCGAGAGGGGCAAACCACGACGGAGAUGUCCGGAAGCCAACUACUGAGGAGGGCGCAGGUGUACACUGCACCGUGGCUCAGAGGCGAUGUGGGGAUGCGAGGCGCCGGAGGGGGACUGAGCACGACGCUAGCGGGAAAGGUCAGCGUAGUGGCGGUCGAGGGCACCGGUGUAAGGGCACCGCGAGGAGGUACGACCUUCCUGGCGGCAUCGCAAUUACCCACGCCGGCCCAAAAUGGACGCGCGCUCCUCGGCGAAAAGGACACCGCGAGGAGGGACAAAGCCCUGAGGGAGGUCUCGCUGAGGGACCUCGGGGGGCGACGCGCCAGCGUGACCAGAGCGGCUGCGUACCCGGGAGAGGGUGGAGAGGAUGAGCUGGAGGCGCUCGGCCAUAGGGAGAGUAGAGUCCUCUUGGUGGUAGUGGACGACCUCGCUGAGGUCGAGGUCGUCGCUAUGGUCACCCUUAGGCGACAGCGGGGUAACAGCGUCCUGCUCACCAUACUCAAGCGCGCUGAAGUGGCGCGAGAAGUGGCGGCCCUGCUACGUGGAACGGCGGGGGCGGCCACAGAAAGGGGAGCAGCGCUGGGGAGUGUCGUGAGAGGAGGAGGGGGCGUAGCCAAUACGCUGAGGCUAGGAGGAGGAAGCCGGGUGAAGACGGUGUCGGUGUGAAUACCCUUACAAGGGUAUCCGCCCUGGGUUCUACAAACGACAGAAAAUAGGUUCCGUUUAAAGUUUAAAUAUU